AUGGCUACAUGUUCGCAGUGCGCACGUCGGGAAAUACCAUGUCGUCUUGAUGACUCGGAUGAUGUUCGUAUCCGGCGGCGCCGCCAAGUUACCGAUCGCGGAGAUAUUGUGGAAGUCAGCGUUGGAGAAUCACAGAUGGAUGUAUCAAAUACUUCCCUGGGUAACCGACGGAAACAGACCUCGCAGGUUGCUUCAGAAUCAAACUUCGUCUCCCUUUCAACAGGAGAUAGCCAUAUGGCACUAUCAAAUUCCCCAUAUGACCUAUUUGCUGAUGACCCAUUCGCACUAAGCUCCGACAAUAUGCUUUUUCUCGACCAAGUCUUCAUGGGUGACUGCGAACCAACGGAGUGGAACAACCACGGACCAAGUCACGGCCUGCAAGGUCCUCCUUCUACCUCCGACAAUACCAAGACCGAUAGCCGAGAAAAGUAUGGGCGUGUUUCUAUCUUUCCCGGUGGGGCGCUUGAUUCAUGUUCUUGGAUGGGUGACUCUGCAGACGCGGCUAUUUACACUGCAGCACUGCGUUCCUACUUCGAUUCUGCGGCCCCAUAUCUUCCAAUUCUCCUCGCGGAUGCGUUUUGGCAGGACUAUCACGCGAAUCGGUGCAGUGAAUUACUUCUAUAUGCCGUUACCUGCUGCGGUAUGCCCUUCACUGGAGCACCAAACAAAUGGGAUCUUCAACAACGUCUUGCGUGCAAAUUCCGAGAGACAUUUCUCACUGCUCGGAGCAACGAAACUGAUAAUGAAAGUAUCAGACUUGAUGACCUUGAAGCUCUGGCGCUCAUGGUUAAUUUCGAAUACGAAGAUGUGGGCAGUCUACCUCUUCUUUCGAACCUAGGAAGGCUUUUUCUUACACACGAAUCGCUCGUUUUGAUGACGAUUAACUAUCGAAUUCUCGAUUGUGAAGCCAUAGAUUCAACUUCGUCAGCAAAACUGGCAAGAGCAAGCGAGCGUCGUGUGCUUCUCUACUGGCAUGUCUAUGGACUUGACGCAUUUCACUGCCUUGACCGCAAACAAAUAUCGCGCAUCCCAAAUAACGACGUCGGCCGCAACGACAGUCAUUUGCCGCAUGAAACCAAGGACUAUUUUGAUGCUAUUCUUGCCCUGGCUAUUGUUGCCCGCAAAAUUACACAGACUUUGUGUAGCCCUCUGGCAAAAUGUCAAGGCGUCGACCCGAACGAUGUCCACGAUUCGUAUGAGCAACUCUAUCAUUGGAGCAACAACAUCUGUCCGCAAUAUCUACGGAGGUACAAAGAUAGUGCAGGUGGACUGGCGCCUAGAGACCUCGACGAGCCAAAUUCCAGUGAAAUAAAAAAACAUACUCAUCUCUAUCGUGCAGUCUUAUGGGCUCUAGAGCUAAACUGUCUAAUGCAGAUUGAGUGCUGCGUCUCAGAUUACGGUAUACAUGACAAGAGAAGCCUGGAGGCAGAGACAACUGCAAUACGAGUCGAAUAUGCAAGUGUACGCGCACUGAACGACAUGGUCGAUAUCUGUCAGUGGAUUAAGCGGCAGGCCACUCUCAAUCAAGAUGAUGACCGACACUCUUUGGUUGAUCUCGCACCAUCUGUUUUGCGCAAUGCCUGUGCGGGCUUGUGCUUUUGGUCCUGUCAACGCGGUAUUGAACUUUGCAACCGUGGCACCCCAAGUCUGCUUCGUUCCACCCACGAGAACAAUGGAGACGAUCGUUUCAACCGACAUGUCCAGACCUAUGUUGAAGCAGCGCAGUUGCUGCGAGAUACAGCGGCGAAAGCGUCAUCGCAUCGAGAUACGGCACAGAUCCUUGAGCGCCUUGACAAACAGCUAGCGUUACUUGAUUCCAGGCUGGGUGAACUCCAGGAUCUCCACCAGACAAGUGUCGUUUAA